AUCGGCGCUAUCGACGUUAUCGCCGUGCGAACCGUUGCAUUACAUACCUAGGUAUUAUUAUUUCAUAUCAUUAUAAUAUCUCCGAUCAACAUUUUAUAUCUUUAUAACUGCUAGUCUACUUAUUGCGAAAACUGGCCGGUGAUCCCCGUAAUAACGUCACUAUAUGUAUUGACUACGUAUAUAUAUUAUGCCAUCAAGAUAAAAAUGGUAGAAGGCUUAUUGGCUUAUAUACAUUUUAGCAGUUUAUCGUUUAUGUGUAUUAGUUUUGUCAUAACAGUAUUACCUGUCAACUGAUGUACUUGGCUUUUGAUUUUCUUUCUUAAAUAUGACUCUUACUUUUAUUAAAAGCCAAAAAGGUAAUAAAUUAUUAGUACAAAAUGGAUAUCUCCAUAUUUUUUAUAGUAAUGGUAAAAACAAAUAUAUUUGGCGGUGUACCGAGUAUAAUAAAUAUAAAUGCAGUUCGUGUUUUACAAGUAGCAAAGAUGAAACAGGUAAUUAUUGAUUUAAAUAUUUAUUUCAAAACUAUUAAUUAUUGUAUUAUAUAAUUAUCAUAAUAAAUUAACGAAGUAUAUUAAUUUAUAUUAUAUUAUUUAUAGGCACAAUACUCAAGGAAUCAAGUCAUUCACAUGCGCCAAAUGGUACCAAUAUUCAAGUUAGAGAAAUUUUGGAAAAAAUUAAAGAUGAUGCAAAACGUAAUCAAGUGUCCACAAGGAAUUUAAUUAGUGAAGCUGUUACUACUGUUCCACUAGUUGUUGCUGCUCAAUUACCAAGUCAAUCACUGAUUUCUCGAACAAUCCGUAGAGUAAGAUCCAAAAUUGAAGUUUGUCCUCAAAACCCAUUAACAGUUAACGAUUUAAAUAUACCACUCGAAUACCAGUUAGUUAAUAAUAAACAAUUUUUACUUUACGACAAUAAGAACGAAAAAAGAAUUUUGAUUUUUUCGACGAUUGAUAAUUUAAAAAUACUUAAAAACUGUAAUACUUGGAUGGCAGAUGGGACAUUUCGGACAGUUCCAAAAUUGUUUUCACAAUUAUAUACCAUACACGUCUGUUAUAACCAAACAACUUAUCCAGUUGUUUACGUAUUAAUGACUGAUCGUACAAAACAAUCAUAUAUAGAAAUUUUAAAUGUUUUAAAAAGAUUUGAACCGGAUUUGAAUCCAAGAAGUAUUAUGAUUGAUUUCGAACAAUCAUUUAUAUUAGCAUUUAAAGACGUGUUUCCCAAUUCGGAAAUAAAAGGAUGUUUUUUCCAUUUCCAACAAUGUAUCUGGCGUAAAAUACAAGAAAAUGGACUACAAAAUAUGUACGCUGAAGAUGCAGAAUUCGCAUUACAAAUUCGACAUCUAUGUGCACUUGCUUAUGUUCCAAUAAAUAUAUGUGUACAAUAUUUUAAUGAUUUAAUUGAAUCAAAUUAUUAUGUUGAAAAUGAAAAUAUUUUAUCUCCAAUAAUUAAUUAUUUUGAAGACACGUGGAUCGGACGUCCCAACCGUCGAAAUGGUCGACGCCCGCCAAUGUUUAGUGUCAAUAUGUGGAAUUGCUAUGAAUCGGUAAUACAAGAUCUUCCACGUACAAAUAAUUCGGUAGAAGGAUGGCACCAUGCAUUCAAUGCGGCACUCGGAGCAAAUCACGUUUCAAUAUGGAAAUUCAUACGCUUCUUAAAACAUGAGCAAGUGUUACAAGAGGUUCGAUUGGAAAAACGUUUAUCUGGAGAAGCAAGUCCAACACGUCGUAGAAAGUACAGAGAUCAUGAUAAAAAAUAAAAAUAAUCGUGGAAAAUUGCUCUGAAAUACCAACAGUUCAAUAUUUAAGAGGUUUAUCCUAUAAUAUUCAGUAUUAAUUAAUCACUAAUUUUAAUAUAAAUUAAUAUUCAAUAUAUUUAUAAAAAUAAAAUAAAUAA